UUUAAUUAAAAUAUGUAAAGAAAAAUAUAAAUGGAAGAAAAAUAAGGAUGGAGUCCAGGUUGGGAAGUUCUUGGGACACAUGGUGAGCCGGAAAAGGAUCGAAGCCAACCCUGGGAAGGUGAAGGUGAUCCUGGAGAUGGAGCCACUGAAGACAACAAAGGAAGCGCAGUGUUUGACAGGAAGAUUGGCAGCCCUGAAUUGGUUCCUGUCUAAACUGGCUGAGAAGGCACAUCCUUUCUUUGUUGCAAUCAAGAAGAAGGCCACAUUUGAGUGGACUCAAGAGUGCCAGGAGGCGUUCGAGGAGUUAAAAACGUAUCUGACUAACCCACCAGUGUUAUCCGAACCAGAGCCAAUAGAUGUGCUAGUCGUCUACUUAGCCAUUCCAGACUAUGAAGUGAGCACAGUGAUCAUGCGAGAGGAAGGAGGAGUCCUGCAUCCGGUCUAUUACGUUAGUAAAACACUUAGGGAUGCUGAGCUGAUAUACUCACGCCUAGAAAAGGCGAUGCUGGCAGCCUAAUGGAAAGCGAAAAGGUUAAUUCCCUACUUCCAGGCCCACAAAGUAAAUAUUUUGGCCAGGGAACCACUAACUUCACUCUAAAAGAGCCAUGCGGCCUGGACCCGGAUGAAGAAGUGGGCCGUGAUUAUUAGCUAGUAAAAAGUGGAGUUCAAACCACGCCCAUCAAUCAAAGGACAGGCGUUGG